CCCGCCCGCCCGGCGGCAUGGAGGCGGCAGGGACGGGGCCGGGCCGCGGGCAGCGCUGAGAUGGACCUCAAGGGCCAGUACUGGACGGACGAUGACUCCGAUGGGGACAAUGAGUCCGAGGAGUUCCUCUAUGGGGUACAGGGAACCUGUGCCGCCGACCUGUACCGACACCCACAGCUGGACGCCGACAUCGAGGCUGUGAAGGAGAUCUACAGCGAGAAUGCUGUGUCCGUCAGGGAGUAUGGGACCAUCGACGACGUGGACAUCGACCUCCAUGUGAACAUCAGCUUCCUCGAUGAGGAGGUGGCAACAGCCUGGAAGGUGCUUCGGACUGAGCCCAUCGUCCUGCGCCUGCGCUUCUCCCUCUCCCAGUACCUCGAUGGCCCCGAACCGUCCAUCGAGGUCUUCCAGCCAUCCAACAAGGAGGGCUUCGGGCUGGGGCUGCAGCUGAAGAAGAUCCUGGGCAUGUUCACAUCGCAGCAAUGGAAGCAUCUCAGCAACGACUUCCUGAAGACCCAGCAGGAGAAGCGGCACAGCUGGUUCAAAACGAGCGGCACCAUCAAGAAGUUCCGAGCCGGCCUCAGCAUCUUCUCCCCCAUCCCCAAGUCUCCCAGCUUCCCUGUCAUCCCGGACUCAGUGUUGAAGGGCAAGCUGGGUGCUCCCGAAGUGCGCGUCAACCGCCUGAUGAACCGCUCCGUCUCCUGCACGGUGAAGAACCCUAAGGGAGAGGUGUUUGGCUACAACCCCAGCACCCAGGCAGGUGUUGCUCCCUUCAACAUCCUGGUCGGUGGCCACUGUAAGAACGUCCCCACGCUGGAGUAUGGCUUCCUCGUCCAGAUCAUGAAGUAUGCAGAGCAGCGCAUCCCAACGCUCAACGAAUACUGCGUGGUGUGUGACGAGCAGCACGUCUUCCAGAACGGCUCCAUGCUCAAGCCAGCUGUGUGCACCCGGGAGCUGUGCGUCUUCUCCUUCUACACCCUGGGUGUGAUGUCCGGUGCAGCAGAAGAGGUGGCCACAGGCGCUGAGGUGGUGGACCUGCUGGUGGCCAUGUGCCGCGCUGCACUGGAGUCCCCCCGCAAAAGCAUCAUCUUCGAGCCUUAUCCCUCCGUGGUGGACCCCAACGACCCCAAAACACUUGCCUUCAACCCCAAGAAGAAGAACUACGAGCGGCUGCAGAAGGCGCUGGAUAGCGUGAUGUCCAUCCGGGAGAUGACCCAGGGCUCCUAUCUGGAGAUCAAGAAGCAGAUGGACAAACUGGACCCGCUGGCACAUCCCCUUCUGCAGUGGAUCAUCUCCAGCAACAGAUCCCACAUUGUCAAGCUGCCCCUCAGCAGGCAGCUGAAGUUCAUGCACACCUCGCACCAGUUCCUCCUGCUGAGCAGCCCCCCAGCCAAGGAGGCCCGGUUCCGCACCGCCAAGAAGCUCUACGGCAGCACUUUCGCUUUCCAUGGCUCUCACAUUGAGAACUGGCACUCCAUCCUGCGCAACGGGCUGGUCAACGCGUCCUACACCAAGCUGCAGCUGCAUGGAGCAGCCUAUGGCAAGGGCAUCUAUCUGAGCCCCAUCUCCAGUAUUUCCUUUGGAUACUCAGGGAUGGGGAAAGGGCAGCACCGGAUGCCUUCAAAGGACGAGCUGGUGCAGAGGUACAACCGGAUGAACACCAUCCCCCAGACCCGCUCCAUCCAGUCCCGCUUCCUCCAGAGCCGUAACCUGAACUGCAUUGCGCUUUGCGAAGUCAUCACCUCCAAGGACCUGCAGAAGCACGGCAACAUCUGGGUCUGCCCCGUCUCGGACCACGUCUGCACCCGCUUCUUCUUUGUGUACGAAGACGGCCAAGUGGGAGACGCCAAUAUCAAUACUCAGGACCCCAAAAUCCAGAAGGAGAUCAUGCGUGUGAUCGGGACUCAGGUGUACACAAACUGAACAGCGGGGACCCUGCUGCGGGGUGCUGAGCGACGGCCCUGGUCAGGGAUGGGCGCGUGGGGUUGGCAGUGGGCGCUGGUGUGUGGGGAUGCCGGAGGGUUGCAGUGGGACCACGGCUCCCCCCUGCACAUAGGCGAGCAGUGGGGAGCGGGCUGCCAGUUCCCUUGUCCCCUACACCCCAUCCCCGACCCCGUGCUGGUGGCCGUCCCUCCUCGCGUUUGUGGCGAUGGCGUUUUUAUUGAUGAGAAACCGAAGCAAAGAAAACCCCAAAGGAAUAGAUACAAACAAACAAAAACAAAAAAAAAGAGGAAAGCGAGCUGUUGUGGUGGCGUGAAGUUCUUUGAGCACAUCGCUGGGCUGAGGGCGCAGGGAAGGGGACACGGGGAGAGGAUGUGAAGGCAGAGGGAUGGGGACAUAAGGAUGGGAUGGAGCUGCAAGGAGCGGUAGGCACGCGGGAAAGGAUGGGCUGUUGAGAGAUGCGGUGUGGCUGCUCCAAAGGGAUCAGCGUGGUUGUGCCACGUGCUGCGGAGCAAGGGUUGCAUCACAGAGAGCAUCUGCUAUCUGCUGUGCUCUGGGGACACCGGAGGGACGCCGUGGGGACAGGAGCAGAGACACACCAAGCAAGAGCUGCACUGGACUGUGCUUUAUUUCAGCCGACACAGACACCAACAAUGACAGAGGUACAGACGUCAGCCCGCACAGCCGAUUCCCACUGUGUGCAAACCCCGAAGAAAGCCCCUAGAUGGGGAGCUCGGCAGGGUGGAACAGAGGCAGCUUCACACUGAGAUUAACCCAAACUAAAUCAGCCCGACAGCCCGUGCCUUGCCUGCUCCCGCUGCUCGGCCCCGGGGACAAAUUCCUUUGGGAAAUGGCGAUUCCCGGGAAAAACACAAAGCAAAAUCCCCAAAGGAGCAGCUGUGUGCGCAGGUCGGGUCCGCGUGAGUCCGCAGCAUCUCCUCCUCCAAACACACGGCUGGUGUCGGCCCGGCUCACAGCAGCCAUUGCUCCAAAGAACAAACCAAGACGUGGAAAAAAACCACCAAGAUUUCCCUUUCCAAACAAGCAUCCUCCAGGUGAAUCGCCCGAGGCCGGUCUCGUCCCGCUGGCUUUGGUUUAUAAUCCAUCCGGAGCCUCUUUUCCUCAUUCCUCUUGGGAAAUUUGUAGCAGCAAAUGAGUGCUUAUAAAAGGUAGCUCACAUCCCGGCUGCCCGGGCCUCAGUCCUCUCCCGGCAGCAAAUCUCAGCCCCAACGCCGCGUCGCUCUCCUCCUUCCUGCCUUCCUCACUCUCUCGUUCCCGUUAAGAAACAAACAAGACCGGUUGGAAAAAAUAAUCAAAAAAGAAAUAGAAAAGCUACGACCAGAAUGGCUCUCUUCUUCGCUUUUUUUUUUUUUUUUUUUUUUUUUU